AAGCGUGGUUUUAAUUCAACAGAACAGGCUAUGACUUUUUCCCACAAGAUUUCUUUCACAGCAGACCAGAAAGUAAGACAGAUCCUUUGUUUCAAAUUCUCUGGUCACCACUUCCUCUGAACUGGCUCUAAUAUUGAUGCAGGAACUGGAGGAGGCGGUUUCUUUCUCCAGCAGCAGUUAGGAGGCGGUGCAGGGCAGAGGAGUGGACAACGGAGCAACUCGCAGGGACCUUGUAGCCUCAUCUCCUGGGCGCAGGGACUGCACCAGCUUCUGUCACCUUGGACAGCUCAGUGUGAAUACCGACCUACAGAGACUGGGUGCGAGAGGGAAGGAAAGAGCGUCUCUCCUCCCUGAUCGUGAGCACAGCAGCUCAAUGGGUGAGGAUUUUCAAAUGUUAGAACUAGAAAGAGCAACCAUAGACCCUCUCCACCGUUUACAGGGGCGUCUGAGAUAAAAAGGUGUGUUCCAGGCUAAGGAGAGGGAACAGCAGAGCCAGACUGAGAUCCACUCCUCCUGAAGGGGUCUGAAGCUCUCCUUGAGUAAUAUUUUGAUAAAUAACAUUAUACAUUCCAUGUCUUUUGAAAUUCCCUGUGGAGCCUGGUGCUGUCCUCUGAACGUGGAGCCAGACUCAACUGACCUUUGUCCUUGGGCAAACAUCUGGUCCACAUAUCCAGUCCAGGUAUAGAGGUGAGCAGGCGUGAGUCUGAGUUCUCUAAAGUGGGAGACUUCAUGACCUGCUGGAGACCAGUCACAGCCCAGGAGACCCUGAAACAGCAAGCCCACCACAGCAGUAACAAUGCGUCACGACAUGAAGGUGUGGCAGCAAGUGUUUCAGGAAUUAAUUCAGGAGGUGAAACCAUGGCACACAUGGACCCUGAAACUAGAUGAAAGCCUCAUUCCCAACACCCUGCAGCCAGGAUGGACACAGUACCAGCAGUGGGUCUUUGCCAGGUUCCAGUGCUCCUGGUGCUCUCGCAGUUGGGCCUCUGCCCAAGUUCAGGUCCUUUUCCACAUGCACUGGAGUAAGAGGGAAUCCAAGGGCCGGGUAAAGAUGAGAAUCUUUGCCCAGAGAUGUCAGAAGUGCGCCAAUCCUCCAUUUGAGAUUCCUGAGUUCACGGAAGAGAAUAUCUCAAGGAUCCUGAACAACCUGGUGUUCCGAAUUCUGAAGAAAUGCUAUAAAGAAGGAUUUAAAUCAAUGAAGGAGAUUCGUACAGUCAAGGACAACUAUAUCGAAGGCCCACAUGACAUUAACAACUGUGAGGCAUGUCUGCAGGGCUUUUGUGCUCAGAGUGGGUUAGGUCUGACCACACAGCCCCCAGUGUCCUUAACACUUCCCGUAAUAAGCUUACCUACUACCGUCAGGACCCCCAUCCAGAAGCCUUCGCCCACAAAGAGUAGCACCACAGCAGGUGUAGUGACAGGGGGUGCCAGGGUGAAGAAAAGAGAGGUAUCACCCAACCCCUGGUUUCCUAAGCCCACACAGGCUGCGAGUCUGAGAGCAAAUACCAAUUACCAUGUGGAAACUAGAAUCCAGGUCCCCCACUCAAGUGAGAAUUUCUAUUCCCACACAGCCCAGAAUCCCAAGCGUAGGAAUGUAGGUAUUUGCUGCUGUUUAAUCAUCCUAAUCUUAAUCACUGUCGUGGUGAUUGUUGUAAAAAUCUAUGUAUGAACCUCAAAAACAUGAUGCUAAAUUGAAAGAGUCAGACACACACAGUCAUAUAUUGUACGAUCCCGUUGAUGUGAAAUAUUCACAUAAUAAGUAAAUCCAGAGACAGGAAGUAGAUUGGUGGCUACCAGGGACUGGGGAAAAGGGAAAAUGGGAGGAACCACUUAAUCUGCACAGGGUUUUGGGGGGCUUGUGGGGGUAACAAAAAUGUUUUGGAACAAGAUAGAGGUGGUAGUUGCAGAACACUGGGAAUGCACUAAGUGCUAUUGAAUUGUUCACUUUAAAAUGGUUACUCUAGUGUGCAUUUUAAUGGGUAAUGUGAAUUUUUUUCAAUUAAAAAAAGGACUGCUGAAAUUUUGUUCAUUCUCUAGAGAAUUGAUACUGAAGCAUUCAUGGCUCACAGAACCAUAUCAGGAAAUCUCAUGAAACCUGGGGGCUCUCUCACCAGAAAAUUUUGCACAGACCCUCUAAUGUCAGUUUGUGGAGGCAUUUGCAGUCAAAAGUACUAGGCUGAAAAACUGGGUUCUACAGUAGUGGCCUCCACAUUGUGGGGAUACACACAGCUGAGGGGUGAGGCAGGACCAUCCACUAAGGUCGGUGAAAUAUCCUUAAAGCUCCAUUUAAUCUUUCUUUAUACUUUAGUAUUUCUUGUUGCCUGUUUUAUAAUGCAUGCGAAUGUUAGUAGAAUAGUGAUACACUGUAUAAAGAAAUAAAUAUAUACCCAUUUGG